GUUCAAUCGAAUACAUUUUUUGUCUCUCUGGGUCGCAGCAGAUACGCAGAUCUCCCCCAGUCCGGAUUUUUUUCUUUUCCGAAUAGUUUAGUGCAAGAUUGUCCAGAGAAACUGCGAUUUCUUUACGAUGAGCAACUAUUCGUUGAAAGUGGUCAUUUUGGUGGGCUUCAUUUGUUGCGUGAGUGGGCGCACAGCAGUCGAAGCUGACCAGGUUCACGUUCCGGAGGAAAUCGUACAAUUGGGAAGUGCACUCACGGCCAGAGCGGUUUCAUGGUUGGUUCUCCACCGCCUGAAGACAGGAAAUUUCAGACUUGAAAAUCUGCGGAGUGAUGAGCAGGAGGGCAGAAUCGCCUUCACCCUGCCGAUCCCGCUGCCCCCACUCCCAGACCCCAUCAACAUCCCCACACUCGAACUCCCACUCAACUUAUCCGGAGAAGGUUUCGCCCUCGAGGGUUUGAUAGCGACAUGUACACCACAAAUAGUCGGACUUUCCGGGAUGAGUGACGACUUGGUCGUGGGAUACGACACGGUGUCAAAAACCGCAACGAUUGACAUGACAUUGGGAUUACCCUCGAUCUCGCUGGACAGCAUGAACUACUUGGUGGAUUUGUUGAUGAAAUACGCUGAAGGGACUGGUGAGCAGGAAAUGACCUUCGCAGGGACUGGGAAGUCAUCCCUCGGACUGGCGGCAUUUUUUAUUACACUGGAGGCGCGAGCACAGAUCCCGCUCACGAGUGGGGAGUACAUGUCACUUGACCACCUCCACUUUGACAUGGGUUUCGACAGUGUCAUUCUGGACUUUGAAAAUUUUUUGAUCAAUGGCCAACCUGUUCCCUUGGACAACGUGGCUCGAAUAAUUAAGAGUUUAUUUGACACUAUUUGGGGAACGGCUAGGGAAGGAAUUGUCGAAUCCACGAGAUGCUUAAUCGAUCAUGCCAUCAAUGACUGCACACCGUUGGACUUAAUUAGCGGAGUUUAUGAUUGCUUAAAACUCCUUCCAUUGCAUCCUCCCUGCUUCGGAAGCAAUGGCGCAGAUUUAAUCGCCAGCAUGGAGGCGCUCACUCCCAGACCACCUUCGCUCAGCUACUGCGUCCCAGUCACUGGAUCAACUACGACUCAAGCUCCAGAGACCACUCCAACGUCAGGGGAAACCGGAACAAGUCCCCAGGUCACGAGUCCAACAACUCCCGAGGUCACAACCCCAGAGGUAACAACUCCAUCCGAAACGACCGUAACGACCCCAGACAGUGGCGUCGGCGGAGUCACUUCGUAUGAAUUUUUAGGACUCGUCACCGCCGCUUUCAUUGUCACUUUUACUGUAUGAGAACAUUAUUUUAAUAAAAAUAUGGUCUACGUUUACUUCUGUCGAGCUUGCAUUUGGCUAAAAAAUCAGCAGCGCAGGAGAUAAACACAAUCAGGA